AUGGUGCUGGGAUGGUCAGCCCCCGCGCUCGAGAUGCUGAAGGCGGAAGCCGUGUACACGGACGAAGAGCUGUCGUGGGUGGCGGGCAUUCCGCCGCUGGGGUCGCUGGUUGCGAUGAUGGUGAUGGCGCUGACGCUGGACCGGUUCGGGCGCAAGGUGGUGAUGCUGGCGCUGGUGCCGCCGUUCGUGCUGGGCUGGCUGCUGCUCGCCUUCUUCCGCAGCAUCCCGCUGCUGCUGGCCGGCCGCUUCAUCACGGGCUUCUGCGGCGCCGGCUACUGCACCGCCGCGCCCGUCUACACGGGCGAGAUCGCCGAGAAGCAGAUACGUGGCGCGCUCGGCGUCUUUUACCAGCUGAUGCUCACCCUCGGCUUCCUGCUGGCGUAUUUUGUGGGUAAGUUGACCGGGCUGCGGGUGCUGUCGCUGCUGUGCGGCAUCGUUCCUCUCGUGUUCUUCGUGGCGUUCUUCGCGAUGCCCGAGUCGCCGGUGUACCUGCUGGACCGCGAGAGGCGCGAGGACGCGGUGAAGGCGCUGCAGUGGCUGCGGGGUCCCGCCACCGACAUCUCGCAGGAGCUCGCCAGCAUGGACGAGGUCUUGGCCGUGGUGAUGGCUAUAGCCCUCGUGGACCGAGUAGGUCGGCGGCAGCUGAUGAAGAUCUCGCUCAUGGGGGUGGUAUUCUGCCUCGUCGCUCUCGGACUCUUCUUCUUCAUGGAGGACCUCGAUGCGACGUCGGUGCUUUACUUUGAGUGGCUGCCGCUGCUCAUCUUAUCCGUAUAUCUGUAUCUGUUCACACUUGGUGCAGGACCUUUGCCUUGGGUUAUGAUGGGCGAACUUUUCCCAGCACACGUGAAAGGCGUCUGCAGCAGUAUCUGCGGCGCCUCCAACUUUGUUCUCGCUUAUAUUACAUGCGAGACGUUCGCUCAUCUAAAGGGUGUCCUCACAUUGGCUGGAACUUUCUGGCUGUAUGCGGGACUUUGUUUCGUGUCUGCAGUAUGGCUUUUCUUCUUGCUCGCCGAAACAAAGGGAAAAAGCUUGGAAGAAAUACAACAUAUACUUAGUAUACGAUUAAACAGUUGA